CGGAAAAAAAAUAAAAAUAAAGUAUCAAACGAAUAUGAAAUUGGUAUUGGAGAGCUCUGGUUUACAAGUGAAGCCUACGAUCGAGGACGAUCCUAUCGCUUAUCAUGAUCAUCUUGAAAAUGAACUUGUUGCCAACAGUGCAGGUUCCCUCAGCCUAAUGGAGCUCUGUUCAAUUAAACUUGAAGGUGAAACACUGACCCAGAUUCCACAGGAACAUGAAGCUCUGCAACCAGUGAACAACACUGAGAAUGGGAGGGAAUUCAACUCAUUAAAUCUGCUGAAUACUCCGAAUAACAAUAAACAAAAUGAAGAAAGAAACAUAAAAAGGAAGUGCAUCUCAAAUUCUUAUGUGUUGAUGACAGCCUCGACCUUAGUUGCAGCUUCUACGUAUACAAGUAUUUUCAAUUUGAGCCACUCUGAUUCUGAAUCUACUGAAUAUUUCAGCGUUCGAGAUAUAAUAUUGUGUCCUGACCGACUGCCCAAUUCUUUCUACAACAUCAUGUUCAUGACAGUCGCAUUUACUUUUUUAAGAUUGCUACUUCGCUGA